AUGUCUUCCGACGCCUCGACCCCGCUCUUCAGCUCGGAGCUUAUCUCCGCCGAAGUCGUCAAGCAAUUGCCCGAAGGCUACGGGUGCCGCCCAAUACAGCGCGACGACUUCCACAAGGGCUUCCUGGAUGUAUUGCGAGUCUUGACGACGGUCGGGGAUGUAACUGAGGAGCAAUGGAACGAGCGCUACACGUGGAUGUCCGCGCGCAACGACACGUACUACCUCCUCUGCAUCACCGAUAGCGCCAAUGCCAUCGUCGGCACCGGCGCGCUCAUCGUCGAGCGCAAAUUCAUCCACCAGCUCGGCCUCGUCGGGCACAUUGAGGACAUUGCCGUCGCCAAGGACCAGCAGGGCAAGAAGCUGGGGCUCCGCAUUAUCCAGGCGCUCGACUUUGUCGCGGAGAAGGUCGGCUGCUAUAAGACGAUCUUGGACUGUAGUGAGGCCAAUGAGGGGUUUUAUGUCAAGUGUGGGUUUAAGAGGGCGGGGUUGGAGAUGGCGCAUUAUUAUGGACGGUAA